UAAAUGAUAAAUUCCUAAUUUAAUUCGAUGUGGCCUAUUGUUACAAUAAACAAACGUUCACGUUGCGUUUUAAAUUCAAAACAUCAAUUUACAUUAGUAUAUGUAUUUAUUUAUUAACAAAGCCGAAUGCGCCCGAGUGGUUUUUCGCGGUGAAUUGUGGGACACACAGAACGUAACACACCGGCGUCCCCGUCUUAUUAACCGUGACCCGGCGCCCUCGCGCACGUUCGUCUGCCCGUCAAACGCUUCGCGUUCGUGCACAGAGAGAGACGACUCGAUCCUAACACGUGAAUUGUAGUCUAAAUAAGUUUGCGUCGAGAACGGUCAUUUUAAAAACAGCUUCGUCGAGUAAUAUCUUAAAUCACCUCGACACGACCACAGCUAAGUGUUAAAAGACGGUUGUCUCCUGUCCUCUUCGUGUGGGUAGAAACUUUUCGCAGAGAUGCUGACUGCUGUGCGGUGCAUGCUGUCCAAGCUGGUGUCUCCAUUGUGGAGGACAGGGGAGGUGGAUGGAGAAGGCUUUACUUCCGGUACAUCAGACGUGGAGGACAUUCGCCACCUGCGGGGCAGUGUGGUGACUCAGCUCUGCCUCGACUAUGGCAUGAUCGACGAUGCGGUCUACUUCACCAGUGGACAGGUGUUGGGCGGGAUGCCUCUCAAAGAAGGGGACCUGGUGAACGGCAUAGCAGUGAGAGAUGGUGCCCAAGGCGGAUGGAAAGCUUUGAGGGUUGAGAAGAGUGCAGAUGCUUGGGAAGAUGGCGGAAAAACCUCCUUAGAAGCCGACUGUAUGCAGCUGCGGCCUCUCAUUGGCACAGUCACAUCGUUUGAAGGAGAUGGCGGCUACAUAAACCAGACCACAUACUUCCCACGCCACAGUCUUUGGGAAGGUUAUGAGCCAAUGAAAGGAGACUGGGUCCAAGCAAAAUAUUUUAUCAAUCCAACCCACUGGACCACCCAGGCUAAUUCUGUGGCCCCAUUACGCUAUCGCCGCCUUGACCGGGUGUGUGUGACCAGUGUGUUUGGUAACAAAGGAGUGGUGCAGGACAGUGUGUUCUUCUGCCUGGACUCUCUCCGACUGCCUGCCCACUAUCAGCCGCUGCCGGGGCACCUGGUGAACCUGGUAAUGGUAGAGAGCAGUCAGUCCAUGUUCAGUUGGAGGGCCCUGUGCAUGGCACCCUGCCUUCAGAGUCAGAGUUCUUCUGCUGCACGUCUGCCUGAUACUGAUCUCCGGAGCCUCUUGGAAAACAAAGGAGAGCUGGACGUUACAGAGUAUGGACAGUUUGGGGAUCUGAGGAUUGGGGAGAGACAAGAGCUGGUGCUCUGGAUACAAAAUAAAGGAUCAGAGACCCACAGGUUGAAACGCUGUGACUUUGCUGGCUGGGACUCAAAAGAACAGUUCAGCCUUGUGACUGUCAAAGGCUCCACAACGACGAGACAGAAACAGACUUUGCGAGGAAAUGGCCCUGAGUCUGGAAAAGAAGUCUGUGAUGCAAAAGAGCUGAACAAAGUUAAUGGUGAUGUGGUGAAGAAGAAUAACCAUUCUCUUGGUGUAAGGAGGGAGGAAAGGGAGCUGGAUAUUCCACCAGGAGAGAGGCUGUCUGUUGUAGUGGCCUGCCAAGCAAAGAGCCUGGGGAGCUGCUCCGAGUUGCUUUUGCUGCACUUCGCCUCUUUCACCAUUGGGAGGCGCCUGGAGGUCACGGUGGGGAGCGAAGAGGAGAACCUGCUGCAACCCUUUCUGCCCUACAUGCCCACUAACACGCGUCCGGCCGCAGCAAUACCUAGUCAAGUGAUCACCGUCUCUGUUUCAAAAGACACACCAAGACUUACUAAGCGGCGACUUCCAAGCUUCCUGCUGAACUACCCAGUGCCUCAGGCUCUGAAAGACUGUGUGGAGGCGCAGAAUGACGUGCUGGUGACUCAGCCUUGCCUCGGAGAGGUGCUGUCAGCAUCCAACAUGCUUGCCCGCUUCUCAGCCCUUCUCUGGCUGGAAGAGCUGCAUGCAGAGCGGGAACUGAGAGAAUUCACAAUCAGCGGAGCGCUUCUCAAGAAGGGAGCUGCGUACCUGCACCUAGAGGUCAACGGGUUGGCUGAAGGCAGACCCAGUCUCAAUAUAAGUGACAGGAUAGUGCUGAAGAAGCCGCGGAGUGACGGCGUUGUAAUAGAAUACAUCAGUUAUGUCACAGAGAUCAAUGAUGAGAGUGUGAGCUUGAGAGUGAACUCAGAGUUUCUGCACAGUUACCUUGGAGAGCCGCUCGACGUCGAGUUCUCAUACAACAGAACCACCACAAGGCGGUGCCAUAAUGCACUUCACCAGAUGAAGCACUUUGGGGACUUUCUGUUCCCCACUACAGUGACUCUUCAGCCCCCUCUGUGGACCGGAAAAUGGGAAGAUGAGCCAGACCAAAACAAGGCAAUAGGGGACAAUGAGGCUCCAGCGCUGGAAAACGGAAAGGUGUCGAGCAUGUCCGUCAACAUGAACUCAAAGGCCACACAGACGAAACAUGGUGGACUGCUGUCCAAACCCAUUCCCAGCAAAGGGCACUUCUUUAACCCAGAGCUGAACCCCCCUCAGAGGGAGGCAGUGAAGAGGAUCCUGGAAGGAGAGUGUCGGCCCAUUCCUUACGUUCUGUUUGGACCGCCAGGCACUGGGAAGACCAUCACCCUCAUAGAGGCCAUACUACAGGUUUACCACUUCAUUCCCAGCAGUCGGGUACUCGUGUGUACCCCGUCCAACAGCGCUGCUGACCUCAUCUGCAUCCGACUGCAUGACAGCGGCUUCCUGCAUGCUGCAAGUCUGGCCCGCGUCAACGCGUCUUGUCGGCAGGACGAGUCCAUCCCAGAAGUGCUGAGACUGUACUCGAGGGCAGGGGAGGACAUUCGUCAGGCCUGUUAUAACAGGAUCGUGGUCAGCACCUGCUCCAGCGCUGGCAUGUUCCAUAAUCUCGGACUACAGGUGGGACAUUUUACCCACGUGUUCUUGGAUGAAGCCGGUCAGGCCACUGAGCCCGAGUCCUCGAUCCCCAUGAGCCUUGUAUCAGAGAGAGAUGGACAGAUAGUGUUGGCCGGAGACCCCCGUCAGUUGGGUCCAAUAGUGAAGUCCAAGCUGGCUGCUGCCUUUGGCCUGGGGGUGUCUCUGUUAGAGAGGCUCAUGUCCAACCCACUGUACUCCAGACAUGACUGGGGAUACAACCCUAAGCUGGUGACUAAGCUGAUCUACAACUACCGUUCUCACGAGGCCUUGCUCGUGCUGCCGUCCAAGCUCUUCUACCAGGGGGAACUGUGUUGUAAAGCUCCCAGGGCCAUAGCAGACUCCCUCUGCCAGUGGAAAAACCUGCCCAAAAAAGGCUUCCCUCUCCUCUUCCACGGCGUCAGGGGCACAGAAAUGAGGGAAGGCAACAACCCAUCAUGGUUCAACCCGGUGGAGGCAGUGCAGGCCAUGCUCUACUGCUGCCAGCUAUCCAAGAAGCUCUACAACCCUGUGAAUGCCUCUGACAUUGGCAUCAUUGCUCCCUACAAGAAGCAAUGCGAGAAGAUCCGAGUACUGCUGGGAAAAGUUGGCCUGUCUGACAUCAAAGUGGGCUCUGUGGAGGAGUUCCAAGGACAAGAGUUCCUGGUCAUCAUCAUGUCUACGGUGCGCUCUAAUGAAUCGGUACAGAGUGACGAUUUGCAGAGUGCGCUCGGCUUCCUGGCCAACCCCAAACGAUUCAACGUGGCCAUCACUCGUCCCAAAGCCCUUCUCUUAAUUGUUGGGAAUCCCCACAUUCUCAUUAGGGAUUUAUGCUUCAGGGCUCUGCUGCAGUACUGCUUCAUCAAUGGGGCAUAUCUGGGCUGCGAUCCCCCUCCCUCCCUAAGAGACUCGCAGAUAGUUGCAGAGGAGCAAAAGAGUGCAUAAGAGGAUGACGUAUCAUGGAUGGUGUGCCUCAGCUCCGGCAACCAGACUCUGUGUUUUUUGUUUCCCCUCACAUUUCCUUGGCUCGUCUCUCUGUUGACUGAAAUGUCUCGAUUCUGGGAAAAAGCUGUUCACCGCGGGGAUAGAAAUAAAGAUAAUGCUGCACAAUUA